UCUCAUCUGUCAUCGACAUUUUUCAAGCGUAAAGCCGUUAUUUUUCAAGAUCGUUCGGUUGAGAAUUUGUUUUGCUGUGCAUUGCAAAGUGAAAUGUGAAAUAUUUGAAAGUUUAUUUGAGUGUUUCUGUUAUUGUGUGUGCGAGUAAGAAAUUUGAUUAAAAUGAGCUCAGAAAACUCAGAUUCGGGCCCUGGGCUCACGCUAUCUUUGGUGGCUCAAUUCGAUGAUAUAAAUCGGUUGAACGGAAUUCUAAACGACGGGGCGGCUGAAGAAUGUUUCCUCGCCUUCCUAAAACAAAUGGAAUGGGUCCGUGGCCAAUGGGCCGCAGCAGAGAAAGAGGCAGCUCGGAUACAGACAGAGCUGGAUGAAGCACUCCGCACUCUUGCCAAGUGGGAGGCAAAGUUUGCACAUGUGAGGAAGCUACUGGACGGAGAGAAGAGGGAGAGGAACAUUGUGCUGAAGAAAUAUAAUGAACUGAGUAAACUAUUGGACAUGGCUCGAGACUUACUCUUCAAUGAUAACCGUGCCAAGCUGAAUGAUGAGACUCUGCAGAAACUUGCAUUCCUCAAUGGAACUGCUCAACAGGAUCACAAUGCUAAACUGAAUUGUGUGCCUGAGCUUAAUUCUACUGGUACACUUCUAUCAGAGAUGUCAUAUUCCCGAUCUGAGGAUGAUUUGGAUCUCUCGAUCGCGUCGACCCGCCGUUCGUGGGUGGCGCGCGGCGGGUGGAACGCGCGUGAAAACGCACCCGUACCCAAGAAACGACGGUCUUCUACGUCUUCUGCUACCAAGACAGUAGAGCUGCAAGGUGGUAAAGUGCUGGCCACUGCCACCACUACACUGACACUGGAGCGCGCGCCCACUAGCCAUGACUUGAAGCCACCCAACAACUUCCAACCGAUAUCCGAGAGCAGUGACGAGGCGCCCCCGCCACGCAAGUCGUCGGCCCGACUGUCGGGCAGGAUGCAACAUUAUGUGAAAGAGGAAUGUACGCCCUCCGCACCACCGCGUACUGACACGGAGAGUGGGUCGGAGACGCCCCGCGCGGUCCCGCAGCGCACGCCGUCUGUGGUGUCGGCCGGCUUCGGCGCGUCCCCGCGAGCGCGGCCCCGGCAACACAACUUCGUCGCCAAGAACUUCUACAAGAGGGAGACCUGUGGCCCCUGUGGGAAAACUAUAAAGUUCGCGAAGCUGGGCGUGAAGUGCGAGACGUGUCGUGCCCAGACUCACCCCGAGUGUCGCGCGCUGCUGCCGCUGCCCUGCGUGCCGCCCGGACCCGGGCCCAGGCGGGUCAACGCGCCGCAGGAGGGCUGUAUCUCGGACUACGCGCCGUCGACGCCGCCGAUGGUGCCGGCGCUGCUGGUGCACUGCAUCAACGAGGUGGAGAAGCGAGGACUCACCGAGAAGGGAAUAUACCGCAUCAGUGCCACUGAUAAAGAUGUUAAACGACUUAAGGAACGUUUCCUCCGCGGCUGCGGAUCGCCCUCCCUAUCAAUGGAGGACGUGCACGUACUGUGUGGGUGCAUCAAGGACUUCCUGCGGUCCCUGCGCGAGCCGCUGGUGACGUCGGCGCUGUGGGCCGACUUCAUGGCCGCGGCCACGCUGGCCGAGCCCAGCGACGCCACCGCCGCCAUCGUGCAGGCCGUCAGCCAACUGCCGCAGCCCAAUAGGGACACCCUCGCCUUCCUCGUGCUGCACUUACAGAAAGUAGCAGAAAGUCCAGACUGUGAGAUGGGUAUCGACAACUUGGCGAAGAUAUUCGGCCCCACCCUCAUCGGCUACGGCCUGAUGUCGCAACCCACCGAAAUGUACAACGCCACUGCGCAGAUGUUCAAUGUGAUGCAGCUCCUGCUGCGCCUGCCGUGCGACUACUGGUCGCAGUGGGCGUGCCCCAACAACGAGCCAAACUCGCCCGUCACCGGCACCCUGCCCCGACCGCGAGGGUUCUUCUUCUCACCCGCCGAUACUGGAGUAUCCAGGAAAAAGAGGAACUAUUUCCAGUGACACUAAAAUUUAACCUUAUUCUUAACAUGUUAGAGUUAAUUUUCGUUUGUUCGUGUAAGUGAACAUUUCUGUUAACCAUUUAACUUUGUAAAUUCUUACUUUAUUUAUAACUACUUAGUUUUUCUUAGUUAUUAUUAGUAUUCAUACGUUUUGACUAACUUAAGUUAUAGAUCGUUUAAUUUAAAUUAGUGACAUUUUGUUGUGAAAGGCUUUGAAAACAUCACACUUGUUUUUGGGCAGUCAAGUAAUAAAAAUUGGAACUAUAUACUUGGAAUUUUUAGUUAUUUUUCUGCUUCAUAGUAAUAUGUAUAAUAUUUUAUUUCGUUUGCAAUAGUUGGUUGUUUUUGAUUAUCAAAAUUCUAGCAUACAUUACCUUAUUUUUUUGAAGUAGACUAAACCGUUGUUUUUUUUUGUGUUUCAAAACAAGUAUUAGAAAAAAACACGCAAUUGUUUUUCUAACAUAAAUAAUUUGUACUUAAUUUUUCUUUGUAAAAUUAGUUUAUAUUUUUUGUAUAAAUUAAAAUUAUAAGGUUACUGAUUCUAUGCGUUUUUUGACUUGAAAAACGGACAAUAACUCGGUACCUAUAUUAAAACGAAUAAAUAGGAUAACUGAUUAAGUACAUAUAAACUUAGAUAUUAUUUAGUUAUUAGUUUUUUAGUUUUAUUUAAAAUUCUUACAGUUAACUUCAUGGUACUAAUUGUUUCGUAAAUCUGUUUUUUUUAUUGUUGUUGGAAAUUAUACUACUAUUGAAAUUCUGAACAUCUUUAAAAAGUUGGCAGAGCUUUGUAAAAUCUACAUUGUACAGAAUUCUGUUGAAGACAAAUGGCCUAAUCUGUAGUAUGCCGGAACACGGAUCUAUACGAGACACUGUGUUUUCUAUUGUGUCGCAUAUACUGGCAUACAAGAGGUUAAGUCAUUCUUAAUAAUUACUAUGAAACUCUCAUCUGGCAUUUUAAUAGUAUAUUUUUUCCAACAUAACACUUUUUGGAGACCCUUUACUACAAACAUCACAUAUUUAUUUAAUAAAAUUAUUAUAAAAUAACACCAUCAAAUUAUCUGUAAGAAGUUUUCUUUUUUUUUUAAGUUUUCGUUACUUUUAGUAUAUUUUAAGGCUUUCCGUUAUCGUGACGUCACACACCCGCCUGCGAUGAACGUCUGUAUUUCUGUAAUAUAUAUUAUUCUUAGCUUUAUAUAACUGUUACAUAAUGGGCGAAAAAUUCUCUUCAACACACUUAAGUUGAUAUUAAACUAGCCUUUAAUUGUUGCUACUUAAAGUCCAGUUUCAAAUAACGUAUCUACAAGGUUAUUAAAACUGUGGGUUAGCAGUCAACAACACAACAAAAUUAUAGGUAACGGUAAAACAAGGUGAAUAGAAAUUGAGGGUUGAAUAGAUACAGGAAUGGGGUGAAUAGAUGUUAGGACAUUUUCCCAAUAUUUGUUCACAAUGUUGCUGUUUCUGUUCACUCUUUGAAUACAAUUCAUCCCGUUUUACGGUAGUUUAGUUAUUAAACAUCAAACCAUUUGCAUUAAAGUGCCAACCAUUCUAUAAAGAAGAGAAUUUUAAAGAUUCAGCCCUAGCAACAUGUAUUAAAAAGAUUCGUGACACCUGCGGAUUAUUGUACAAUAUAUAAUGCAGCUUGUUUUGAAUAAAAAUACUAAUGGACAAUGAAAUUGAUUGACCACCAACCACCGCGCCAAUCUCGAUCUCUGGAUCGAUUUAAUGCCUUGUUGGCACUACGCUAGUAUUUUAGUCGAGUAGCGAGUACUUAGUAGUUCUCUCUCGCUUCGAUUUUAGGGCAGCAUCUCCAUACAACUAACGUCUAAAUUGAUUUUGUAUUGGAGAGAGUGAACCUGUGAUUGCACACAUUCUCGUUGGGACCAGUACCCUUAGUAUAAGUUUGAUUUACGUAAUUGAAACGAGAAUGCGUUCGGACCUCUGAUUGACCGGCUGCAAUAAACCAACCAAUCAGAGAGCCGAACGCGCUCUCGUUUAUUUUAAACGUAAAUCAAACUCAUACUAAGGGUACUCAUACAGUUCAAUAUAAUAUCUCCUUCGUAGCGAGCUAGUCUAGUUAGACAGACUGGCCUCCGUGAUCCAAAUCGAUCUGAGACUUGAUAAAAUCCCAAUUUCCAUCACGAUUUCAUUGUCCAUCAGUAUAUAUUUCAAUAGUUACUAAUGUAUGUAUAAAUAGUUGUUCAAAUUAUGUUUUAUUUCAAUAAGACAGUUUGUGUAUAUUAAGUUUUCUGUUAAGGUUUUGGGAACAACCCCAUCUUUAUUCAUAAUACUUUAUUAUAUUAUUUUUAUUAUAAAAGGCCAAGAACAAAAAGUAAUUGAUCAAGUUUAGUCUAGAAAGUAUUAAAUCCAGGUUUGAAUUGUUCACGAGAGUUUUCUAACAUCUAUGUAUAUUGUAUUCAUACAUUUGAUUUCAGAUUGUUUUGAAAUAAAUACUUUUUAGUUUUGAAAAUAAAUCUAACAGAACCAACAUUCAUCACAUAAAUAUGAUUUUUGACCUAAAACUGCCGCACUUAGAUACAUUUAAUGAUUACUUAAAUGAUUCCUUAGUAACGAUUUUGUUCAGAAAACUAUUGCUAAGGACUUGGUUAAGUAAUCAUUAAUUGACUCUGAGUAAGGCGGCAUAUACCAUUCUCUGUUUUGAUGAUUUUAAAUUAUUGUGAGUCUUGUUCUUUUGUCUUGGCCCAUUUUUAGUUUGUCAUCACAAUAUUUUUCUUACUUUUUAUAUUAUGUGUCUUCAAAAUUGUAAAUAAACUAAACAUAUCUUUAGAACACUGAAACAAAUUAAAAAGUGAUUUAAGUAUAUAAGAAAUUAGGUUUAAAUUGCGUCUUUCGUUUACUUUUUCAUUUAAAACUUUGUUUUUUUACAUUUUGAUAGAAAUAACUUGUGCCUAGUCACCGACUAGUAUUUUAGUUAUACACUAGUGAUGUGUAUACACGUGUACCUAUAGUUAGAUUUAAUAUAUUUUGUAAUCACUGACCGUAAAAUGAAAUAAACUUGUCUAACUCAA